GAAAGCAUCUGUCUUUCCUGUUAUUGUACGUCUACUCGCGUAGUCAAGUAGAAAUGGAGAAAUUCGACAUUACUGAAAAAGUUGCAGUGAUAACUGGUGCGGCCUCCGGCAUUGGAUUUAAUACAGCGAAGGAGUUGUUGAAAAAUGGAAUUAAGGGUGUAACUAUCGUUGACGUUAACGACGAUGCAGGUGCAGAGGCUUUAAAAUCUCUAGCAGAAUAUGGAUCCAGAGUAAUUUUUGUCAAAGCAGAUAUCACAAACAAAGCUCAAUUUGAAGAGGCCUUUAAGCGCACUGUUGACGUAUUUGGAAACGUGGAUAUUCUAAUUAAUAACGCCAGCAUUUUAAAUGAUGCGCUGUGGGAGAAACAAGUUGAUAUAAAUAUUAAAGGAACAAUCAAUGGAACUGUAUUAGCUAUGGAACAUUACAUUAAAGAUCAUAAAAGCGGAAGCGAAGGAUUGAUAAUAAACAUUGCUUCGAUAAGCAUAUUCGAUGUAGAGGUUAUGGUGCCAUUUUAUACAGCCACUAAAUAUGCAAUCUUGGGAUUGACGCGCGCUUUUGGAAAUGAAGCUCACUACGACCGUACGAAUGUAAAAGUUGUCACCGUGUGUCCUGGUGCCACAAGCACACCUUUGAAGGACGAGAACAUAGUUGAUAGAAUAUAUUCGAUGCAGUAUCUCCAAAUGAAUAUGAGCGCCAACACAACGGAAGCUUCCCAAGUCUCACAACCGCCCGAGCAUGUUGGAGAAUCUAUUGCCAAAAUUAUUAAAGAUUGUCCGAAUGGUUCAAUAUGGAUCGUGGAACAAUCAAAAUCACCUUAUCAAGUCGUAAUACCCAGUAAGGAACGGUGCCGUAAAGAACUGGAAUGUCUUACACUAAAUUAGUAUAGAUAGCGUCAAUGCCAUAGGUCUUAAUGUUCAAUAUAAGUUAAAUUCGUUGCCGAAAGUCACAUAAUAAAACUUUUUCUUUUGCGUGCA